AUGGGGCAACCCGUGCCUCAGACUCUCCUGCUUUUGGUGGCGGGUCUUUUGGGGGAGUCUUUGGGAGGAUUUCCCAACACCAUCAGCAUAGGUGGACUUUUCAUGAGAAAUACUGUUCAAGAGCAUAGUGCAUUUCGAUUUGCUGUGCAGUUAUACAACACAAACCAAAAUAUCACAGAAAAGCCCUUCCAUUUGAACUAUCAUGUAGACCAUUUGGACUCCUCCAACAGUUUUUCCGUGACUAACGCUUUUUGUUCACAGUUUUCUAGAGGAGUUUAUGCCAUCUUUGGAUUCUAUGACCAGAUGUCCAUGAACACACUGACAUCAUUUUGUGGAGCUCUGCACACGUCCUUUGUCACACCCAGCUUCCCAACAGAUGCAGAUGUGCAGUUUGUCAUUCAGAUGCGGCCAGCGUUAAAAGGAGCCAUCCUGAGCCUUCUGACUCAUUACAAAUGGGAAAAGUUUGUAUACCUCUACGAUACAGAAAGAGGAUUUUCCAUUCUUCAGGCAAUUAUGGAAGCAGCAGUACAAAACAACUGGCAAGUGACAGCCAGGUCUGUGGGAAGUAUAAAGGACGUUCAGGAAUUGAGGAGAAUCAUAGAGGAAAUGGACAGACGACAGGAAAAAAGAUACUUAAUCGACUGUGAAGUAGAGAGAAUAAACACAAUUUUGGAACAGGUUGUAAUCCUUGGUAAACAUUCCAGAGGUUAUCACUACAUGCUAGCUAACCUGGGUUUUACAGAUAUUAUGCUGGAGAGAGUAAUGCAUGGAGGCGCCAAUGUUACUGGAUUCCAGAUUGUUAACAAUGAAAACCCAAUGGUUCAACAGUUUCUACAACGCUGGAUUAGACUGGAUGAAAGGGAGUUCCCUGAAGCCAAGAACUCUCCAUUAAAGUAUACGUCUGCACUGACCCAUGAUGCAAUACUAGUCAUAGCAGAGGCUUUCCGCUACCUCCGAAGACAGCGUGUUGAUGUUUCCAGGAGAGGUAGUGCUGGAGACUGCCUAGCAAACCCUGCAGUGCCCUGGAGCCAAGGAAUCGAUAUAGAAAGAGCAUUGAAAAUGGUACAAGUCCAAGGAAUGACUGGAAAUAUUCAGUUUGACACCUACGGACGCAGAACAAAUUACACAAUUGACGUGUAUGAAACGAAAGCCACUGGAUCACGGAAGGCUGGUUACUGGAAUGAAUAUGAAAGAUUUGUGCCAGCACUAGACCAGCAAGUGUCUAAUGACACUUCAUCUGUGGAGAAUAGAACAAUAGUAGUCACUACCAUCCUGGAAUCGCCAUAUGUAAUGUAUAAGAAAAACCAUGAACAACUAGAAGGGAAUGAGAGAUAUGAAGGAUAUUGUGUAGACUUAGCUUAUGAAAUAGCAAAACAUGUUGGAAUAAAAUACAAACUGUCAAUUGUUGGAGAUGGGAAAUACGGAGCUAGGGACCCUGAGUCUAAGAUAUGGAAUGGCAUGGUGGGUGAACUAGUCUAUGGGAGAGCAGACAUAGCUGUUGCUCCACUCACCAUAACGUUGGUACGAGAAGAAGUCAUAGACUUUUCAAAACCUUUUAUGAGUCUGGGCAUCUCCAUCAUGAUCAAGAAGCCUCAGAAAUCUAAACCUGGCGUAUUUUCCUUUCUGGAUCCUUUGGCUUAUGAAAUUUGGAUGUGUAUAGUCUUUGCUUACAUUGGAGUCAGCGUAGUUCUUUUCCUAGUCAGCAGAUUCAGUCCUUAUGAAUGGCAUUUGGAAGACAACAAUGAAGAACCGCGUGACCCCCAGAACCCUCCCGACCCUCCAAAUGAGUUUGGAAUAUUUAACAGCCUUUGGUUUUCCCUGGGUGCCUUUAUGCAGCAAGGAUGCGAUAUUUCUCCAAGAUCUCUCUCAGGACGAAUUGUCGGAGGAGUCUGGUGGUUCUUCACACUCAUCAUCAUCUCUUCUUACACUGCCAAUCUUGCUGCCUUCCUUACUGUGGAAAGGAUGGUCUCUCCCAUAGAAAGUGCAGAGGAUCUGGCGAAGCAAACUGAAAUAGCCUAUGGAACCUUGGAUUCAGGCUCAACCAAAGAAUUUUUUAGAAGAUCAAAAAUAGCAGUCUAUGAGAAAAUGUGGUCGUAUAUGAAGUCAGCAGAGCCAUCUGUAUUUACCAAAACAACAGAUGACGGGGUCGCUAGAGUGCGGAAGUCAAAGGGAAAGUUUGCCUUCCUCCUUGAAUCGACCAUGAACGAGUAUAUCGAGCAGCGAAAGCCAUGUGACACAAUGAAAGUUGGUGGGAACCUGGAUUCCAAAGGCUAUGGUGUAGCAACUCCAAAAGGCUCAGCAUUAAGAAAUGCUGUUAACCUGGCAGUAUUAAAACUGAAUGAGCAAGGCCUCUUGGACAAAUUGAAAAACAAAUGGUGGUACGACAAAGGAGAGUGCGGCAGCGGGGGAGGUGACUCCAAGGACAAGACAAGUGCUCUGAGCCUGAGCAAUGUUGCUGGGGUUUUCUAUAUUCUUGUUGGAGGUCUUGGUCUCGCCAUGAUGGUUGCUUUGAUAGAAUUCUGUUACAAGUCUCGUGCAGAGUCCAAACGAAUGAAACUCACAAAGAAUACACAAAACUUUAAACCUGCUCCUGCAACCAAUACCCAGAAUUAUGCCACAUACAGAGAAGGCUACAACGUUUAUGGAACAGAAAGUGUUAAAAUCUAA